UUAUCGCCGUCGUCCAUCUUUUAUCGCCGGGAAACUGAGUAAAGCAAUUGGAUUGGAAUAUAGGUGAGAAGAUCCUUUUCUUGCUACGCUAUUGAAGGCUUUGAUUUGAUGGUUUUGUGUUGAAGAACUCUCGGAAAACCUCUAUGUUUAGUUUUUGGGUCUCGGCUCUGAUGUCGAUCAUCUUUUCCCGAUAGUCCGAAACCCUGGGGAUCUAAUCGAAGUUUUCCAAAAUCUUCUGGUGGAAAACAGUUAUAUCUUGUUUAGAAAGAAAUUUGGCUGUAUUCUAAUUUCCCUGAAUUGAACUUUUAAGUUCGUCGCCCUCCGGGGGGCAGAGUAAUUUAGGUCGAAAAUUUUAUGCAAUUUUGUAUUAAUUUGACUUGCAUUAGUGUAAGUAUACUUUUAAAUUUAUCUGAAACUCCAAUUUGAAUACUAGGAUCCCGAUUUCGUUUAGGUUUACGACUGUGCUGUUUUUCUGAUGUUUAACUGUUUUUUUCUUUAUGUGAUUGGUUGAUUGGGGUAUAGGAUUCUUGUAACAAGUUAGGGUUCCGGUUGGAUGCUUGAGUUAUGACUGGAGUUAGGUUUCUGAUCUCGAAAUCGUCUCGUCUGAUGUAUAAUACUUGUCUGAAACCCAACAAAUAUGUCAAUAAAGUUGAGGCCACAGUAAGACCAUGUUUUACUUGCAUUAGCGGUGACUACUCAACCUACCAAAGUAGGAGUAAGAAUGUGGACAUAAUCCCACCUAGAUUAUCGAACUUGCACCUUCGGAGUACUUUUCUUCUUCUAGGAACGCCACAUGUGUUACAUCAACGAUUAUAUUCAUCAUCAGCGGGUAGUCGUGGAGAAGAUGUGCAGGCUUCGAGUUCUAGUGGGUCGGAAGUUAGUGAUACUAGUGGAUUUGAUGGAAAUGAUUUGCUUCAUAAGGUGAAGGAGGCUUGGCACUCGAGUGUAAAUGUUGCAUCCCAGACUGGGGAAAAGGCGAAAGGAGCUUUAGAUGAAGUGACUCCCCAUGUAGAACAAUUACUUGACACCUAUCCGUAUCUUCGAGAUGUUAUCGUUCCAGUUGGUGGAACCAUAAUGGGAACUAUUGCAGCAUGGGCCAUCCUGCCAAGGAUUUUUAGAAGAUUCCAUAGGUACUCAGAGCAAGGGCCAGGUUCACUCCUACCAGCAGGAUCAUUGUGGGCAGCGGUACCUUAUGAGAAAAGCUUUUGGGGUGCAUUAGAGGUUCCGGUGAGAUAUCUCAUAACCUUCAUGGCAUUUUCACAAAUAGGCGUGAUGGUAGCUCCAACAACAAUUGCAUCACAGUACAUUGCACCUGCUUGGAGGGGUGCUUUUAUACUUUCUCUUGUGUGGUUUUUGCAUCGAUGGAAAACAAACGUCAUCACACGUGCUUUGGUUAUCAAGCCUGUUGAGCGUAUUGACCGAGAUAAGCUGUUAACGUUGGACAAAAUCUCUUCUGUUGGUUUGUUUGUCCUUGGUGGUAUGGCUUUAGCUGAAGCCUGUGGGGUGGCUGUGCAAUCUAUUUUGACUGUUGGAGGGAUUGGAGGAGUUGCAACUGCUUUUGCAGCUAGAGACAUCCUUGGCAAUGUUCUGAGUGGGUUGUCAGUACAACUUUCACAGCCCUUUUCAAUUGGAGAUACGAUAAAAGCUGGAUCUGUGGAAGGCCAAGUGAUAGAGAUGGGACUCACGACCACCUCAUUGCUUAGUGCAGAAAAAUUUCCUAUAGUAGUUCCAAAUUCGCUGUUUUCUAGUCAGGCUAUUGUGAACAAAUCACGUGCUGGAUGGCGUGCAAUGGUAUCCAAAAUUCCUGUGCAAAUUGAUGACUUCAACAGGAUCCCCCAGAUAUCUGAGGAAAUAAAGAACAUGAUGAAGUCUAACUCCAAUGUUUUCUUGGAAAAGGAGCAGCCAUAUUGUUAUCUCUCUCGAGUGGAAAGAUCUUUCGCGGAGCUUAGUCUUGGAUGCAACCUAAAACAGAUGAGCAAAGACAAGCUAUUUUCAGCAGAGCAAGAUGUUCUUCUGCAGUCGGUUCAGAUAAUCAAGAAGCAUGGUGCCGAGUUGGCUACCUCAUCGUGGAUAUAAAAUAAUCGGUAAUUCUCCGGACUACAAACAACUACUUUGACUGAAGAGGUUAGAUUUUUCUUCUUUGGAGUAAUCCCAGUUCUGUAAGAGAGUGAUUGAUGAUUAUAGUUCCCCAAAAUUGUUCCUUUGAACCAAUGAGCCCCAACAUAGAGUUGGAAAUGAGUUUUUUCUUAUCUGAUGGCUUAGAAAAAACGUGUAUCUUCAUCUGAUGGCUCACAAAAAACAUGGGCGAAUUUGUUAAAAGUUUCAGUCAUGGUGAUAGUAGCAGGUAUACGGAAGUAAAUGUAAGUGUGUGUGUGUGGGUGGAUGGUGGUCUUUGUUCUCACUAUACCAAAAAAGUUGUGUAUUUUGAGCAUUUGUUGAUUUUAAUUAGAGGGGGAAGUGGAACGC